AUGGGUAACAACCCAUCCAAAGGACCGGUUGGCGAUGCGCCGCCAGUCCGUAGCUCGCCAAGCUCCUCAAAUGACAAAAAGGUUGCUCGUCGAUCUUCUCUCAAUGCUAUCUCCAAUGCGAAGGCUACCGCUGCCGACCCCUCUGCCACAAAAGAGACCGCCGCCGGUCAUUCGGCAACAUACCAAGGAUCCGUCCAAGAACGUCUCCAAUCGCGAAACGUGUCCGAAUCCUCGCCGAGAACUAUAGAGAAGCCCGUCGGUCACGAACCGCGGAGAGAGGAACCCUCGCAGAGCAAGAACAUUCCGACCCGCGACCACUCCAACCCCGUCCAGGUCCCGAUCUCACGCCAUGCACCGGGGCGCGAUCCUGUGGCACCAUCUGCCCCACCCCUCAACUCGUACUAUAGUGCAUCGGCUCACUUGCAACGUCCACCGAGGCUGCCAUUGCCUAUUGGGGAUGCCAAUACUACCCCCGGGUCCCCACUCGCCGGUCCCGAGGACUCACACAUCCAGUCACUACCCGCAGAUCAGGUUUUGGACCACCAGGUAGACCAGAAUGCUGCCGCUCUAGGUCAAAUAAGUAUCGAUGAAGAAGAGCUGCUUGAUGAACUCCAGCCUUACACUGUCAGUGGAGCUGGCAAGGCUGUCCCCGUCGUCAUCGAGUGGACAGCACCUGCUCAGAAAGUCUAUGUCACUGGAACUUUCGUUAAUUGGGAGAAGAAGUUCCGCCUACACAGAAGCGAAAAUAAUCCCUCUGUUAUGUCAACUACUCUGAACCUUCGACCUGGCACGCACCACCUCAAAUUCAUUGUUGAUGGAGAAAUGCGUGCCGCGGAUAACCUUCCCACUGCAGUCGACUUCACAAACCACCUGGUUAACUAUAUCGAAAUUGGCACAGAAGAUGCUCAUGACCAUCACGCAGCUGUUCAGCCGGGAGCUCACCCUCCGCAGACUGUGCCGGAUUCAUCUAAGCAAGACCAGUCAGGUGAUGCAGAGGAUGAUCCUCCCGAGAAGGAGGAGGCCGAGGAAGAAGUGCCGCCCGGUGACUUUGGAAGCGCGAUUCCUCAGUUCCUUGCUGAUCUGGACAAGGAGGAGGAUAGCCCUGCUUACGUCCAGGCUGCCAAUGUCAUUGGAGACACUGCGACUCCACCAAGUCUGCCUCUCUUCCUGGGCAAGUCUAUUCUUAAUGGAACCACCCCAAUGAAAGACGAUAGCAGCGUGCUGAAUUACCCGAAUCAUACUGUCCUCAACCACCUUGCUACUAGCAGCAUCAAGAACGGUGUUCUGGCUACAAGUGUGACCACGAGGUACAAGAGAAAAUAUGUCACGACUAUUUUGUACAAACCAACCGGAGACAUAACCGGCGAAUGA